AUGCUGGGUGAAGGCCCCGAAGACGGCUCCCGGCCUUAUGUUCCUCCCCUCUUGGACACUGAGGAUCAGUCCGCCGAUCCCGACGCAUCCGACCGCCCUCAGGAUGAAGAAGCGGCCCUCCCCUACCUCCCCGUCUGGCUACGGGAGUCAUCCAAGUCGAUUCGCUGGGGAUGGGUGCCGUUACCGUUGCGAAAGGUGGGCUGGGCAGUAGCCGACUGGGUCAAGGGUCCGAAUCCUCCCCAGUCCCUGCUGUUGAGGCCAUUGUUUCCCCGGUACCAAGAGCUUCCUGUUCGGUGUCUGAACCGCUUCUUCCCCAAGCGCAAGCAGAAGAUUGCCUUGCUGGCACUGCUCUAUUUCGUCUGGUUUUUGCCCUGGACGAUCGUUCUACUACACUCGCGGCAGGCCGGGUAUAUUGAAGGUUAUGGGCGACCGCAGACUCUCUCUUGUUCGACGAGUCUUUGGGCAACUGGCAAUGAGUGUGGGCUCAAUGGGAACGACUGCCGACCGUUCUCUGCGGCGACCGUCGCCUUCCGUUGUCCCGCGAACUGCCGGGACUCCAAGCUGCUCGACCCCCAUAUGGUUGGUAACCAGACCUACAGCUACCAGGGACUGGUGGUAGGAGGGCCACAACCGGGCUCGGAUGAUCCAGGCGUUUAUCGAGCAGAUAGUUUUGUCUGCCAGGCGGCAAUUCAUGCCGGUGUCAUAACCAAUUCGGUCGGUGGUUGUGGUGUGGUAAAGCUGGAAGGUGCUGCGCAUUCUUUCCAUGCAUCAAAGCGACACGGCAUUCGCUCGGUCGGAUUUCCCUCGACUUUCCCCAAAUCGUUUGGUUUCGUCGAGAUGUCCUCUUCGGAGGCGACGUGCCCCCAAGACCCCCGGUGGCCGUUACUGGGCAUCACAAUCGGCGCAGUGGGCGUUCUCUGGCUCUUCUGCACGUCCCCGCCGGUCCUGUUCUUCAGUACCUUCGUCAUGGUAUUCUGCCAGGUUGGGCUAGUCUCCGAUCCGCCAUCGAUGCCCCAGUUGGCGGACCUUUUUUCAACGCUCUUUUCGCGACUGUUGCCGGCGUCUUUUGUGGCCUACGUUCUCUAUAUCUAUUGCGCCCGACCGCUCCUCACUCCGCUUUCUGAGCCGAUGUACCAGUUCACCAAGACCUUUCUUUUCCUGCCGCCGGUGUUCAUUGGCGGCCUGAACAACUACACUUUCGCUAGGCUGAUCCCCUUGGAGCGGCUCACUCCCAAUGAUAUACAGAAGCAACCUGGGGCCAAGGUAGCCCUGGCCCUGGUAAUCCCGACUGUGAUCUGUAUCAUUCUGAGCCAGGCCUGGCAAAUCCGCCAGGGGGGCUUGAUGCCUCGUUAUCUGAAGAUAUAUUGCACCAUGGGACUCAUCCUCCUGAUCUUGCUACCACUCCCCGGUCUCCGCUUGCGGAUUCACCAUUAUAUCCUUGCGAUUCUUCUCAUGCCGGGGACAGCAUUCCCGACGCGGCCUUCCUUGAUCUACCAAGGACUUCUCCUUGGUCUUUUUAUCAACGGAAUAGCCCGAUGGGGAUUCGCGUCAAUCAUUGAAACGCCUGCUGCCUUGGGCGAGCAAGCACCGGGCCCAGGCGGAGCGCACGGCUGGUGGGGCGGAACCUACCCCAAUGUCAGCGAUGCCUCUGUAUCGAUUUCUCUGCCAGGUCCGGGCUCCCAUGAGGCGCAUCAUGGGAAUGGCAACAUAACGUUCGACCUUUGGGAGCAUCAGCGCAUGUCCAAACUGGGCGUGGAUGGUAUCUCGGUUUUGGUCAACGAUGUCGAACGGUGGCGAGGCUAUUUGGACGAGGACAAGCGUGGCGAAUUCAUCUGGCAUCGACACGGGCACAGUGGGUUGGAGCUGCAGCACCGACCAACCAUCGAGAGUGACCCGCUGGAUAUGGAUAUGGAGAUCCUGGCCGAUGACUCCAAGCCCGAGGACCUCUUCUUCCGGUUUGCCUUCCUCAAGGGAGCUGAGGCGGGGAAGUACGGCGGGACCGGAGUCUGGCUGCAGGACGGGCGGUGGAUGUCACCUCCGCCACCUAAGUCGUAG